AUGGCCGAAGUAUGGGAAGAUUCGACGGAAGAUAAUAUUAAUCUGAAGGUUUAUCGUGAAAAUUUUCGUCGACCUUUUGAUGAACCUGAAGGUCCCAUCACUUGGCAUCAAAAUAUUCGAGGAUUAUUCACAGAAAAUAAUGCUCGUUGCAUGAUUUCAAAGAAUAUAAAUCUCUCUUCAUACGAUUCCGUGAAAGAUAAUGCCAAACCGAUUUACAUAAAAUUGUCUCGUAAGGAAAUGCCUCCGGGAGAUCCUUGGUCUGAUUAUCAGAUUGGACUGUUUAAAAGGUGGAUGGACGGAGAUGGUCAUGGUGAGAACAAAUGUUUACUGGGAGAUGUUCCUUCAGCUACCGAUUACAGCAAAAAAAUCAGAGAUGCUCCAUUACGAUAUCAAUUCCCUGAAACACUUCCCGAUGAUUUCAUCCCAACUUUUUAUCAAAAUAUCAAACCUUUGUUCACUGUAUGCGAUCAAAAAUUCGGCAAGGAAGAUUAUCAAGUGGAUAUUAUGGACUACGAACAAGUUCGAAAUCAAGCGAAAAAGCAUGUACAAGGUGAUAAAAACAAAAAUAUUAUCAAUGAUAUUGUGAAUAACGUUUUUCCUACAGGAAGUCAAUGGCCAUCAACUUGGAAAAAUGUUUUAAACAGAUGGAUAAAGUAUGAUUGUAAAAUAGGGGAGGUACCAAUUGGUCAAGAAAGCCUUUAA